UUGGUAUUUCGCCAUAGUUUCAAGCAGUUCAUAAUGAGAUAUCGUAAUGCCCCAUGCUUUCACCCACACCAUUCUGGUAGCCGUUCUCGAUAUGCAAAGAUACACUUCCAGUCCACCCCUCUCAAGGUUCUACAAUUGCAUGAGAGAGAAGAUCUAUCUGAUGAUUUCUUUUCACUUGUAAUGGGACCUUCGUCUGAGGUGUGCUCUUACAAUGGAUGCAUUGUUAAUGAGGUACGAUUUCACACUAUAGAGCGUGAUAAUGGUCGAGUUACACAAAAUAGUGGAGUCCUUGUGGCCGAGGAAAUAAGUGGUAAUGGAAGUUUUGACAACAAUUUCAACGUUGUCUUAAAUGAUGUCCUAGAUUUCUAAUAUGCUAAUA